AUGAUACAUGGUAACUGUAUCUGGACAUAUUUGUCAAAUGGGAAUUUGAACGAGUGCCAAAGAUAUUUGGAAAAUUUUAACAGAUUAUUGAAGCCGGAAGAUAUGUGUUUCUUUAAAUCAGCCAUAAUGUGUGUUGAUGGAAAAGUUAGUAAGGGAAUAUCACUGUUGAGACAGGGUCUAUCACUAACAAAAGAACUAAAGUUCGUAGAAUGUAUAGUAAAACUGCUCUUGAGAGAGGGGAAAAAUAAAGAGGCGCUUUCAUUGUUGCAAGAGUAUUACGAAGAAUUCGUAAAAGAUGUAAAAUAUGUUAAAAGGUACUUUUUACUGUUAGUAAGAGUACACAAACAACUGGGCUCACCAGAAAGUGUAUAUAAUAGUCUGAAGGAGCUGUUGGAGUUAACAGAGACUUCGGCAAGUGAUCACCCAUUUAAACUAGGAUGUAAGUACCUAGAGGAGCAGAACAAACACAAAGAAGCAGUGGAAAUAUAUAAGCAGCUAUACUCUAAAAAUAAAGAGGAUAAGCUGGCACAGCUAGGAAUACUCUACAAUCAAUCGUUUCUGCCGGAAAAUUACCUAGAAUUGCCAAGAGAAUACGUGGACGUGGCAGUUAGAGAUGUCAGAUUCAUAGAUGCUGAGGAGUUGGAGGCAGAUUAUAAAGUGACAUUCCAUUUCGAAGAUCAAGCUAAGACUGUAAAAACGAAAGUGAAGAAGAAUAAAAAGAGAAGAAAUAAGAAGCCACAGAAUCCAACAGGAAACCCAGAUCCGGAAAGAUGGUUACACAAAUACGAAAGAACAAUAUAUAAAAAACAAGCAAAAAGAAGGAAGGACGCAACAAAAGGAUUAACACAAGGGUCGACGACAACAGUAGCAUCGAAACCAACAACAGGAACAAUAACAGCAACGUCAAACGCAAUGAAAAGGUAA